CUGGAGAAAAAUAAAAGAUCCAUCCUUUCCGUCCGAAACCUCAUCAAGAUCUCCUCCUCUUCUUCAAACCCUAGCUUUAGAUUUCUAUUACCAUGGCCGGAAGAGGGAAGGCUAUUGGUUCUGGUGCCUCGAAGAAGGCGAUGUCGAGGAGCAGUAAGGCGGGGCUCCAGUUCCCCGUUGGUAGGAUCGCCCGAUUUCUCAAGGCCGGCAAGUACGCCGAACGCGUCGGCGCCGGCGCUCCCGUCUAUCUUGCCGCCGUCCUCGAGUACCUCGCCGCUGAGGUCUUGGAGCUCGCUGGAAACGCGGCGAGGGACAACAAGAAGACUAGGAUUGUCCCGAGGCACAUCCAAUUGGCGGUGAGGAACGACGAGGAACUGUCCAAGCUACUGGGGACCGUGACCAUUGCUAACGGUGGUGUGAUGCCGAACAUCCACAACCUCCUCCUCCCCAAGAAGGCCGGCGGCUCCUCCAAGUCUGGUCCUGCUGAUGAUGAUAGCUAAACAGCUAAACGCUGCAUUUUUUUAACUUAUCUAUCUUGUCUUCCUCUUGUAGACUAAUGUGGGGUGGAAAAUGCAUCAACUUUAGAUUUCUUCUUCUUUUUACUUUUUUUUUUAUUUUUUUUUGUAUUUUGUUGCGUUUAUCGCUUGUUCUGAGAUUUGAAUUUAGCGAAUGGAAAAGAGAAAAUCUAUUUCUCUGCUAACUUUCA